AUGUCUCCCUCCCAUACCAUGUCCGCCCACUGGGGCAAGCAGAUCUACAGCUCGUGGCGCCAGAGUCGCCAGGGCAGCAGCAGCAGCAGCAACGCCGCCACCGGCCCAUCCUCCUCCUCCUCCUCCUCCUCCUCGUCGGCGGCGGCCACGUCGCCCAGCCCGCUCCCGUCCCCGUCCGGCAGCGCCUACUUUGGCGAGAAGCGGUCCAUGGACAGCGACCGCAGCACCGGCGCGGUGCCGCCGCGCCAGCCGUCGGGCGGCUGGUUCGGCCGCCGCUCAUGA